AAUCGAGGAGGCGGGCGGUUACGCCGUGACGUCACAGCGACUUGCCGGCGAGAGCGCGAGCUGGAGAAGCGGAGCCUCAUUUGGUUAGAGGCGGCUGUUGCGUGUGCUGCUCUGCGCCCGCGUCUCCGACCUCGCUUCGGUGGCUGAGCCCAGCUCUCUGUCGUCCCCGCUUUGCUUUUCCUCGCUUCUGCUCUGGUAUUCUCGUUCGCCACCAUGUUCGAGGCAAGGCUAGUGCAGGGCUCCAUCCUCAAGAAGGUGCUGGAGGCGCUGAAAGACUUCAUCAAUGAGGCCUGCUGGGACAUCAGCUCGGGCGGGGUGAACCUGCAGAGCAUGGACUCGUCCCACAUCUCCCUGGUGCAGCUCACCCUCCGCUCGGAGGGCUUCGAUACCUACCGCUGCGACCGCAACCUGGCCAUGGGCGUUAAUCUCACCAGCAUGUCCAAAAUAUUAAAAUGUGCCAGCAAUGAAGAUAUUAUUACCCUAAGGGCCGAAGACAAUGCAGAUACACUUGCGUUGAUAUUUGAGGCACCAAAUCAGGAAAAGGUAUCAGACUAUGAGAUGAAAUUAAUGGAUUUAGAUGUUGAACAGCUUGGAAUUCCAGAACAAGAAUAUAGUUGUGUGGUAAAAAUGCCUUCUGGUGAAUUUGCACGAAUCUGUCGGGAUCUCAGUCAUAUUGGAGAUGCUGUUGUAAUUUCCUGUGCAAAAGAUGGUGUAAAAUUUUCUGCCAGUGGAGAACUAGGAAGUGGAAAUGUAAAACUAUCACAGACAAGUAAUGUUGACAAAGAGGAGGAAGCUGUUACAAUAGAGAUGAAUGAGCCAGUUCAGUUGACCUUUGCACUUCGAUACCUGAAUUUCUUUACCAAAGCCACUCCACUGUCUCCUACAGUAACACUCAGUAUGUCUGCAGAUGUACCACUUGUUGUAGAGUAUAAGAUUGCAGAUAUGGGACACUUAAAAUAUUACCUGGCUCCCAAGAUUGAGGAUGAAGGAGGAUCUUAGACAUACUUCAUUUCUAAGAAGAUAAAGGGAAAAAAGCUCUUGAAAAGAGAACCGCUUUUGAGAUUUUCAACAAUAUGUUUAACUGUUAAGUCUCUUCAGUCUUAACUUUCAAUUUGUACCUCUAGGUACACAUAUGUAGAUAACUUUCUGUAAAUAUAGUGCUUCUCUCCACAUAAUUUGUUUUAAAAAAUCCAAAGUUGGAUCUUAAUACUAUUAUCCUAGACCAUGCCUUAUUUAGAAAUUCUAUUUUAGAUGUUUUUAUACCAACAAACUCCUUUUGUAAUUCUAACAGAAAAGGGGGGUGUUUUCAAUUUAAAUAAAGUUAUAUACAAAUUGAGCUCUUAACAGAGUAGUGCUUUGACACAGGACCCUGUUCUGCUGCAAAAAUUUUCAUGGAUUCUCAGCUAUAGCUAUUAUUAAUGUAAAAAUUACUGUCCAGUAUUUUUAUUUUUCACCCUGGAGCUGUUGAAUAUAAAGCAUUGUGGAAAUAGGAAUAAAAGGAUAUUAUUUCGAAUA